AUCUUAUCGAUAAAUCCACGGCCACACUGAGCUCUAUAUAAACAAAUUGUCUGCCGUACGGUUUAAGGAAACUUCCUUAUUAGUUUAUUCAGUGCAUAGCCAUGAUGGAGGAACAGUCCGACGAUGAGAACUCGGAGCCCACUCCAAAGAAGAUAAAGCGGGAGUGGGUGAAGAGCUACUCCAACAAGGCCAUGGAGAUGAUGAAAAAAAUGGGCUAUGAGAACGAUAAGGGUUUGGGUAAGAGCAAUCAAGGUCGCUUGGACCCCAUUAUAGCUGUCCAGCUGGAUGGUCGUCGCGGUUUUGGCCUCAAGCUGGACGCAGCCCACUUAGCCGCUGGGCAAUGGGACCCCAACUGCGAAGAGCUAGAGAUGCCAGAGACAUUUGCGUGGCUGACAAAUGUGGGCUCGAAUGCCAGUCAUUAUGCCAUGGAUCAAUUGAUGCGCUCCGUCGUGUUUGGUAAACGCAAAACCAAUCUAGAUGAUGAGACCCGCUAUUGUAAUCCAGCAGUCCUCCAUGACAUCCUUACGGCGAAGUCGGCAUUUGACGAUCUUAACGACAUCGAGAAACGCAGGGCCCGCUCUCGCUGCAAUCCAUUUGAGACCAUACGCAGCUCCAUUUUUCUCAAUCGGGCCGCCGUCAAAAUGGCCAACAUUGACUCCAUGUGCGACUACAUGUUCACCAAUCCCAGAGAUCUCGAGGGCCGUCCUCUGGUGGAUCCCAAGGACCUCCUCUACUUUACAGACAUGUGUGCGGGCCCCGGCGGCUUCUCUGAAUAUGUUCUGUUCCGCAAAUUGUGGGAGGCAAAGGGAUUCGGAUUCACGCUGCGCGGUGCCAACGAUUUUAAGUUGGAGAAGUUCUUUGCCGCCUCCCCCGAGUCGUUUGAUACCUACUAUGGCAUCAAAGAUGAUGGGAACAUAUUCGACGACCAAAAUCAGGAUUCAUUGAACGAAUACAUACGCCGUCACACACCCGAUGGCGUGCACUUUGCCAUGGCCGACGGAGGAUUCUCAGUGGAGGGCGAGGAGAACAUACAGGAAAUUCUGUCGAAGCAGCUUUAUCUCUGCCAGUUCCUCACCGCACUCAAAAUAUUGCGCAAGAACGGGAACUUUGUGUGCAAGGUGUUCGAUCUGUUUACACCGUUCAGCGUAGGUCUUAUCUACCUGAUGUAUAAAUGCUUCCACCAAAUCGCAAUCAUCAAGCCAAAUAGCAGUCGUCCGGCCAACUCGGAGCGCUACCUUGUCUGCAAAUACAAGCAGGAGGAUACCUCUGCCAUUACUAAUUUCAUGAAUAAAAUCAAUAUUAUGCUUAACGAGGAGCGCGACAGUGAUAACGACAUCCUUGAGAUAUUCGACGCCAACGAGAUCGCUGCAGAUGCAGAUUUCAUACACUACAUCAUCGACUCGAACAAUGCCAUUGGAAAGAAGCAGAUUGUGGGUCUGCGAAAGAUCGCUACCUUUGCCAAGAACACGGAUCUGAAGGAAACACGCCAGUCGGAGGUACGUCAGGAGUGCCUGAAGCGCUGGGUACUGCCCGAUAAGCUGCGUCAGGCGCCAGAAAUAAAACCAACAGAUCGCCUGCUCGAGGAGCUGCUCGUCGAUUGGUGGCAGGAUCGCAGCUGGCUCAAUUUUGCGCCAAAUGAGAUGAACAAUGUGGCAGCCCUCUCCAAUACCGUGCAGAAUGUCAGGGACUGGAUAUUCAUGCCGAUCGGGCGGGAAGAGACCAACAUCAAUAGCUGCAGCCUCUUCAUGUGCAAGUCACGCGGUAAUCUUCUCCGCUACACCGAGCACAAGAAGUGGGAGCUGGUCGAAACGUCCUUUGAGGUGCAGGCUCGUUCCAUAUUUUUCGGCCAGAUCGUCUUCGAGUUCUAUGGUGAGGGGCGCACCAUUCAGCGCGUGCCCGCUCUGCACAUCAUCGACGGGAUCUGCCUGGGUGGCAUCGACAUCCGUCGUCGUCCGCUAUGCGAUCGCAUCAGCAUGUGCGAUAAGUAUGCGCGUAGCUUGAACAAGCCGUACAAGAAGGAGCGCAGUUGCGGUCCCUUGCGCAGCAAGCCAUUCUUUCGACUGCAGGACAUGAACACCUUCUUUAGCGAGAUGCGCCACUAUGUGCUGAAAGACAAUUCGCAGCGCUUCGGCUUCUCCCUCGAUGACAACAAGUUCUUUGUUCCCGGCAGCAUUCUCAUGCUCUGCGAGUUGAACCAAAGCUAUGUUUCGGCCAAAUCGCGCUCUCGCAACCAGGUCUACUAUUUCAACACCAAGAACAAGGAGUCGUAUUAUAAGGAUAAUAUACCCAGCAAAAAGACCUCCGAAAUCUUUGCCUCCUUUCGCCAAAGCUACGCGCGCCGUGCACUCUGGAAGUGGACGAACCUGCGCCAGGUCGAGGAGCAUGCCCACGAGGACAAUCCAAAGAUAUUGUUCCGCAGCCAUUUCAUUAAAUUUAUCGCGGACAAGUUGGCCCACGCGUAAGCAACAUCUGCAAUUGCAUAUCCAUAUCAAGAAUGGACAUUGCCCGUAGUAGAUCUUAAUAUUAUCUAUAUUUAAAAAGAAAGUACAUAUUUUUUCGCCUGCAUAGGAUUUAUCUGGAGGUUUUACAACAGAUCCUGUAUUUUACUUAUACGAAUUAAGUAUCUGACGAACAUUUGUCCCCAGGAGCUGUUCCAAAAAUUUUAAUUUUCUGUAUCUGACGUUCAUAUGUAACUAUAUACAUAAUUAUUUGUAAAUUUGUGUCGAACCGAAAUCAGAAGAUUUUUCGUAUGGCAAUAGAUCAUACCAAAAAGAAGACAGUCAAGGUUUGGCAUGCCCUUGCCGAAAUUUAGCUAGUUUUAAUUAAUGUUUUUUUUUUGUGUUUGGAAUGAAGAACCCUGAAAUUGUGGAUGAAAUACCACAGAGAAUCACUUUAAAAAUAUAUAUGUGAGUUUCGAGUUUCAACUCAGAUUUUUGACAAAAUACCAAUUAUCUUUACAUUUAACUAUUUGUGUGUACCCCCCCGAAUUUUGUAUACCCUUUGAACGGUUUGAACACCCCUUGAAGAAAGCGAAUGCAUGGCACAAAAUGAAUCAAGCAUGCAUAUCGUCUCUGUAUAACUCUUAUUAUGAUUAUUUUUCCGCAAGCAAAACCAACCAAUAAUAAACAAGUUUGCGUUGCCGGAGAGCAUUACUGGAUAAAUAAUCAAACAAA